UGUUGACGCAAACAAACGACGUCUGAAAUUCAGUAAACGGCAAAUAAAAGGCAAAUUGGGUUUCCUGGCAAACAAAAUUGAGGGGGAAAUUAAAGACUGAUCUGCAAUUUUAUUGGUCACAUGCAGGUCAGCGAACGCGGAAGUGAAGCGUUAACCGUAUGUUGACACCAUGAUCGGCGAUCUGUUGUUAUUCGGAACUUUAUUGAUAAAUGCGGGAGCGGUGCUGAAUUUCAAGCUCAAAAGAAAAGAAUCCCAUGGAUUUGGCGAUGAGUCCAGGUCUGCAACUACAGGUGACAACAUAAGAGAGUUCCUCCUCAGCCUGCGAUACUUUCGCAUCUUCAUUGCACUGUGGAACAUCUUCAUCAUGUUCUGCAUGAUUCUGUUGUUUGGAUCAUGAACUUCAUUGACUGUAGCUGGGCUACCACCAGACGGUUGAUUUUUCAAGAUUGCUGCUCAAAAUCCCCCGUUAUGUCCUUUUUUUAAAUGUGUAAUUGUACUGUGUUUUCUUUACUGCCUACUCACCUCUGUCCCCACAACAAUGUAAAGACUUAUUUAUGUGUUUUAAUCCUUUGGAUUAAGACAGCAAAUGUUCAGUUUCCUGUAGUAACAUUAUUUUUAAUCUACAUUUGAAAGACUUCCUUUACGUCCAGAUAAUAUAUAUUGAAUAGGUUUUGGUGGGAAGUUUGUGUAAAUGUUGCUCCACAAUCACUUUUAUAACACGUUUUUUGAGUCUGUAAGAUUCUGGAGGCGUUUCUGGAUUGCAAAUUAAACCACACCCCACCCAAAACUAUCAUAAAUUCCAUCCAUCCAUCGAUUUUCUACCGCUUAUCCCUUUUGGAGUCGCGAGGGGUGCUGGAGCCUAUAUCUUCUAAAAUGUACAUUGUUUAAAUAUAUAUCUUGAAAUUGUCACCGCUAUUUUUUUCCAGAUGCGAAAAUAAAUUUGAUUGUCAUUAUAUAGAUUCUAUUUCUACAACAAUAGGUACACCUGCACAUUCACUGAUUGAUUCAGACUGUAUAAAAAAAGCUGCUUUUAUUAGCAUUUUUGUCAUUGCAUGAUUCAAAAAAUUAUACUUUAUCCAAACUUUUUUGUUUCCUAAUAACCUGAAGCAAACAGGGGAGCUCCGCCUGCUCUGGCUGAGAGCUUUACUUGAUCUUUAAUUAAGUACAUCCUCCUCACUACGGUGACACGACAUAGCCAGAUUGCAAAACCCUUUGAGCAGAGGAAUUCAAAAUUGCGUGCAAGCUCAAACCAACAAUGCUUUGGCAUUGUUUAUCACAAGUAUCCAACAUUGGAACAUAAGUCAGAAAAGGCUAAAUUCAUCAUAUGUCCCCUUUAAAGUAAAGUUGAUCAUUUAUCACGUUAUAUCCAUCAAUCUAGCUUUUCUUUCCAUCUAUGGUAAACAAUAUCUCAUUCAUCAUUUGCAAUCAGCAGUGAUUUUCUUUUGUCUUGCUUUCUUUUUUUUGUACAAAACAUCAGUUUAGUCUAAGGUUGAUAGAUCAAGUACUGACAUACAUGGGAUUUUCCACUUGUCCUGUAAGUAAAUGUUCAUGACAGUUACAAUUGUUUCUUAUCCAGAAAAAUGUUCUCAAUAUACAGUAAAUAUGG